AUGAGGACACAUACAGGAGAAAAACCGUACAAGUGUGAGGUGUGUGGUCAUGACUUCAACCAGAGAAGUGCCUUGAAGGUUCACAUGAGGAUACAUUCAGGAGAAAAACGGUUCCAGUGUGAGGUGUGUGAUUAUAAAUGUAACCGGAGUAGCAACUUGAACAUACAUAUGAAGAAACAUACAGGGGAAAGACCAUACAAGUGUGAGGUGUGUGGUUAUGAAGUUGACUGGUACCUUGACGGUACACAUGACGAUACAUACAGGAGAAAAACGUACAAGUGUGAUGUGUUUGGUAAUUACUUUAACCAGAGUGGUACCUUGAAGGUAGACAUGAUGAUACAUACAGGAGAAAAACUGUACAAAUGUGAGGUGUUUGGUAAUGACUUCAACCAGAGUGGUACCUUGAAGAAAGCCUACGCUAUCGGGUCCUUUUCCUGGCAAGAACCAGUUUUUUUGAAUAUUGGGUUGAGAUCUAAAGAAUCCUCCCAAACGUCCCCGUAUCCGUGGCGCGGCAAGUUCAAAACAACACCGGAGAAGAGAGGCGAGGAGGAGUGGGAUGGUUACGGUGCGAAGAGACACCAGCACAAAAAAAGAUAG